GUAACAGUCCCUAUCGACUGGCUGACCCACUUGUCGAGCCAAAUAAUCCACCAGUCUGUUAGUCCGUCUAUCAAUCUGAUGAAAAACUUCUUCACAGUGGAUGAACUGUUUCCUUAACCAGGAUACACACUAAGAGAGGCAGUAUGGGCUGUAUGAAGUCCACGCUGAGCGGAGGUCUGAGCGGAGGUGUGGAGGGAAAGAGCAGCGAGCAGACUGUACGUACCGACCACACGCACUAUGUCAGAGACCCCACCUCCAAUACAAAAAAAAACAUAGAUAGCUCCCUGUUACCUGGCCAGGUGUUCCAAAAGAUGGAAGCGCAAAAGGGGGUUGGUAAAAUCGUGAUCGGCCUGUACCCCUAUGAGGCCGUGCAUCCCGACGACUUAGGAUUCAAGAAAGGAGAGAAGAUGAAAAUCUUAGAGGAACAUGGAGAGUGGUCGAAGGCAAAGUCACUGACAACCAACAGAGAAGGAUUCAUCCCGUGCAAUUAUGUCGCCCAAGCUGACACCAUGGAAACAGAAGAGUGGUUUUUCAAGGACAUCACAAGAAAGGAUGCAGAGAGGCAGCUGUUGGCGCCUGCAAACAAACCAGGCUCUUAUCUUAUCAGGGAAAGUGAAACAUCAAAAGGAAGUUACUCAUUGUCCAUCAGAGAUGUGGACUCCCAGGGAACAUAUUCGGUCAAACACUAUAAGAUCAGGACGAUGGAUAAUGGUGGCUAUUACAUCUCUCCUAAAAUCUCUUUCAACAGUAUAGGAGGGAUGAUCAAACACUAUCACAACAAAGCAGAUGGACUGUGUCGCAAACUGGACCGUGCAUGUGUGAAACCAAAAGCUCAGAAGCCAUGGGAUAAAGAUGCCUGGGAGAUUUCCAAAGAUUCUAUUAAGAUGACGAGGAAACUCGGAGCUGGGCAGUUUGGAGAAGUCUGGAUGGCUACCUACAAAAACGUAACCACGGUGGCGGUGAAGACGCUGAAGCCCGGCACCAUGACGGUGGAAGCCUUCCUGGAAGAAGCCAACGUCAUGAAGACGCUGCAGCAUGACAGGCUGGUGCGGCUCUACGCUGUAGUAACCAAGAUCCAACCCAUCUAUAUCAUCACAGAAUAUAUGGCAAAUGGGAGCCUACUGGACUUCUUGAAAAGCGACGAAGGAGGCAGACUUCAGUUACCCAAGCAAAUUGAUUUCUCAGCACAGAUAGCAGAGGGCAUGGCGUACAUAGAGAAGAAGAAUUAUAUUCACAGAGACCUGAGAGCUGCUAAUGUGCUGGUGUCAGAGAGUCUGCUCUGUAAAAUAGCCGAUUUUGGACUCGCAAGAGUAAUAGAGGAUGACGAAUACUCCGCCAGAGAGGGAGCCAAAUUCCCCAUAAAGUGGACCGCUCCAGAGGCCAUCAACUACGGCUCCUUCACCAUCAAGUCAGACAUGUGGUCCUUCGGAGUUCUGCUCUAUGAGAUUAUUACCUACGGGAAAAUACCUUACCCAGGGAUGACUAAAGGAGAGGUGAUAUCGUCGGUGCAGCGCGGCUACCGGAUGCCUCAACCAGAUAACUGUCCUGAUGAGCUCUACGCCAUCAUCACGUCCUGCUGGAAGAACAAACCUGAAGACAGACCCACGUUUGACUACAUGCAGAGCGUCCUGGACGACUUCUACACCGCCACAGAGGGACAGUACCAGCAACAACCGUAGAGACAGACACAAAUAAAGACAUUUCACUUCCACUCCACAUAAUGUGUGGAGCUAAUUUAGACAUGAUUUUAUAUUUGUAAUAUUUUGUAUAUAUGGCACAUUCUAUACAUUUCUACAUGCUGCAUGCAGGUUGCAGAAUAUACAAUAUAGUGGCUAAAUAAAGUGGCAUUUGUGUGUGUAAAUAUUAUAUUGUAAUCUCUCUCUCCUCUGAGCAUAUUCUGGGGUAUAGAUGAGAUGGGAUUUGCACAAAAUUGAGAAAAAACAGAAGAGUAUUUAAUGGAAGAGAGAGAAAGAGUCUUUUCUUGUGCCUCUGCAUUUAAAUAAAUACAUUUCAAUGUUUGUGUACAGAGGGACUGAUCAAACAGCUGACAUUGUACAAAGAGUUUGUGGAGGAGGGACAAAAUAUAGGAGGAUUAGUGUCUUCUAGUGAUGUGCCAAUGAAGCCUCAUGAACCAUUUCUUUAUUUUCUGAGCCCACUAUAUGGCUCUCUCUGUUCACCAAAGGGCUGAAAGAAUACUCAAUAACCAUUGCUUGAGCCUUUUUCCUUAAAUUAGUGAUGUCCAAAUGAAGCUUCGUGAACUAUUAUUUGUAUUUGUUGACCCCACUCUUGGUUCUUGGUUUAGAUAAAAAGGUUCAAGAAAGGCUAAUUCAGUGUGCUUUUAACCCUUUGUUGGACAGAGAGCGCCAUCUAGUGGGCUCAGAAAAUAUAGAAAAUGGUUCAUGAAGCUUCAUUUGGACAUCACUACCUUUAAUGAAGAGUGCAAUCAAGUGGGUUCGGAAAAUAAAAGAAAUGGUUCAGGAAGCUUCAUUGGCACAUCACUAUAGAGAGUGUAUAGAGACUGGGUAUGUAAAUAAUCUGGCAAAUGGAAAAAGGGACAUGUUGUGUAUAAGUAUACUUCAGGUCACCUUUUCAUACUGAGUAAACAUUUUAUGAUGUCCACGGUUGCCUAUAAAGUUGGAAUUAAAUAUUUUUUACCUCUUUCCAUGAAAUGAUUGUGACAAUGUCAUUUAUUCUGGAAUGAUAAAGUUUAUAUCUUCUCAAACUUUAUCAAUCAUUCCCUCCCAAACAUAUCACAAUGAAAAUGAAACCAAAGUUAACAGAGGAUUGUGUGUGAAGACAAAAUUAUUCCAACUUAAUGGGCGACCGUGUAUCUUUGACUUCUAAAUGACAGUGUGUCAUUGUAUUGGUGUUACUUCAAUGACUGAAUUGAAUUUUGACCAUGUGCAAAAAAUAUUAUGGUCAGUCCCCUACGCCGUAAUAAGUGGGAGACUUUUUUGCCCUGUGUGUCAAAAUUAGCAUUAUAUGUUGAGAUGUUCCAUAAAAACAUUUCCACUUCAUAUUGAAGUGUUGCCUUUAUGUUUGUUUCUGGGGGUAGAUAUGGAAUCUUUUCUCUGUAUUAUUUCAUCAUUUCAAAUAUUGCGCUGUAUAGCUAAAAGUCUAAUCCGAUUUUUUAAGUUGCACUGUAUUUGACAUUGGUUGGCUCUUGGUUUACUUGAGUAAAAAUAGCUUCAGUUUGAACUUAACCAUAAAUGUACAGAAAACUGAUCACCUGUACCCACUGUAUGAUAUAUUUUAAACAUUGAAAUUAUGA